AUGGCACGCUACACCAGAGGCAGCAUCCAUCCUAAUGCAGCAGACCCCAUUCCCUGUGGGGUAAACAGCACCACAGAGCCUGAGCUUCCCCAUUUACACGCCUACUACGCCCUUUGCUACUGCAUCUUGAUUCUGGCCAUCGUCUUUGGGAACGUGCUGGUCUGCUUGGCUGUGCUGAGGGAAUGUACCUUGCAAAGCACAACCAACUACCUUGUGGUGAGCCUGGCAGUGGCAGAUUUGCUGGUGGCUAUUUUGGUGAUGCCAUGGAUGGUGUACCUGGAGGUGACCAGAGGGGUCUGGAUGUUUAGUCGUAUCUGUUGUGAUAUCUUCGUCACCAUGGAUGUAAUGAUGUGCACAGCCAGCAUUCUGAACCUCUGCGCCAUCAGCAUUGACAGAUACACUGCAGUGGUGAAACCAGUUCAGUACCAGUACAGCACUGGGCAGAGCUCCUGCAGGAGGGUCUCUCUCAUGAUUGUGAUACUCUGGAUGCUGGUGUUCGCAGUGUCAUGCCCUCUGCUCUUUGGCUUCAAUACUACAGGGGAUCCCAGUGUCUGUUCCAUAUCCAACCCUAGUUUCGUCAUCUACUCCUCUUUGGUGUCCUUCUACCUCCCCUUCAUGGUGACCCUGCUGCUCUGUGUCCGGAUUUACCUCAUGCUCAGACAGAGGCAAAAGAAGCAAACCCUCACCCAGCAGGGCAGCCAGAGCGCCAGCACCAAACCAUGUUAUGCACACCAAGAACACAUGGAGAGAAAAGCUUUGCCAAACAGAUGCCAAGGCAUGUUUUCUCCCCGUCUCUCGCUCAAAUGCACAGGCCAGGAGAUGUCUACAAAAAGGAGGUUGCUGACUGUCUUCAGCCUGCAGCGGUACCAAAGCUUCUGCCACGAGGCAUCCCUCACCAAGGCACCAGGGACUACCCAAAAGAGAAGGUGGGAAAAGAGGAGAAGGAGCAUGCAGCCAGCAGUGGAGGUACAGAGGCUUAGCAAUGGUAGAAGUAUCGGCAGCUUGAGGCUGGCACAGCAGCCGCCUCGGCUGAUCCAGCUGUGGGAGAGGAAGGCUACACAGAUGCUGGCAAUUGUCCUGGGGACAUUCAUAGUUUGCUGGCUACCUUUCUUCUUGAUUCACAUCCUCAAUGCCCACUGCCCAUCCUGUCACGUGCCUCCAGGGCUUUACAGUGCCAGCACCUGGCUUGGAUACGUCAACAGUGCCCUCAACCCCAUCAUCUACACAACUUUCAACACUGACUUUCGCAAAGCCUUCCUUAAGAUCCUCUGCUGCUGA